AUGAGCUUCCCCCCAUCCCCUUCCCUGCUUCCCCCCAUCCCCUUCCCUGCUUCCCCCCAUCCCCUUCCCUGCUUCCCCUCAUCCCCUCCCCUUCUUCCCCCCAUCCCCUUCCCUGCUUCACCCCAUCCCCUUCCCUGCUUCACCCCAUCCCCUUCCCUGCUUCCCCCCAUCCCCUUCCCUGCUUCCCCCCAUCCCCUUCCCUGCUUCCCCUCAUCCCCUCCUCUGCUUCCCCCCAUCCCCCUCCCUGCUUCCCCCCAUCACCUUCCCUUCUCCCCCCCAUCCCCUCCCCUGCUUCCCCCCAUCCCCCUCCCUGUUUCCCCCUAUCCCCUUCCCUUCUUCCCCCCAUCCCCUCCCCUGCUUUCCCCCAUCCCCUGCCCUGCUUCCCCCCAUCCCCCUCCCCGCUUCCCCCCAUCCCCUUCCCUGCUUUCCCCUAUCCCCUGCCCUGCUUCCCCCCAUCCCCCUCCCUGCUUCCCCCCAUCACCUUCCUUGCUUUCCCCCAUCCUCUCCCCUGAUUCCCCCCAUCCCCCUCCCUGUUUCCCCCCAUCCCCUUCCCUUCUUCCCCCCAUCCCCUUCCCUGCUUCCCCCCAUCCCCUUCCCUCCUUCCCCCCCUGCUGCCUCCCAUCACUCUCAUUCUCCUUCCUCCCGCACUCACACCUCUCAGUCCUCUCGCACUCUCUCUCUCCGUCCUCUCGCACUCGCACUCUCCUCCCCACCACCCUCAGCCCUCCUUCCCCUCACACCCACCCCUGUUCCCACCUGCCCUCCCCAUCCCUGCCUUUCCCUCCCUGCCCUGCCCUUCCCUUCUCCAUCCCUUCUCAACCCUUCCCUUUCAUGUCAUGCCCUCCCCUUCCCCCUCAUCUUCCGCCCUCUAGUUACCAUGCAUGUGCACCCAUCACUGUCUCCCCAUACCGGUACAUGCUUUCAUCAUGUGCGCUUGCUUGUGUUCCCCUGCAGUUGUUCCCUUGGCACCUCACACCACUUCCCCCAUGUUCCAUCACACAAUUCUUUCUGCCUACUCCACUCUCCAAACUUUCAGUGGUGAAGCAGAGGAGCAAGCUGAGGCGCAGCUAG